AUGGCCCUGGUCACUAGUUACAACGUCACUGUCACACUGGUCACUAUGGCCCUGGUCACUAGUUACAACGUCACUGUCACACUGGUCACUCUGGCCCUGGUCACUAGUUACAACGUCACUGUCACACUGGUCACUAUGGCCCUGGUCACUAGUUACAACGUCACUGUCACACUGGUCACUAUGGCCCUGGUCACUAGUUACAACGUCACUGUCACACUGGUCACUAUGGCCCUGGUCACUAGUUACAACGUCACUGUCACACUGGUCACUAUGGCCCUGGUCACUAGUUACAACGUCACUGUCACACUGGUCACUAUGGCCCUGGUCACUAGUUACAACGUCACUGUCACACUGGUCACUAUGGCCCUGGUCACUAGUUACAACGUCACUGUCACACUGGUCACUAUGGCCCUGGUCACUAGUUACAACGUCACUGUCACACUGGUCACUAUGGCCCUGGUCACUAGUUACAACGUCACUGUCACACUGGUCACUUUGGCCCUGGUCACUAGUUACAACGUCACUGUCACACUGGUCACUGUGGCCCUGGUCACUAGUUACUAG